CCAAUUAACACUUAACAGUUCUUUCCACCCAGCCUAUGACCCUAUGCUAUGGUUCUCUUCAAAGCUGCCCUUUCGUCUGCCAUUUCAACUCUCUUUCCAAUCCCAUUAUCCAUUUCUUUCUCCAAUUAAUGCUAAUAUUAAUCCAAUGAAGAAAACCCAUCGCCGUAAAAAUGAUUCAAAUCACAAAAUUACUGUCCAAAAAAUUGCCACCAAAACCAAAGCUUCAUCAUCCAAAACAACAACAGUUAAAGUAAAAAACAAGCACAAAUCAAAAGAUACAAAACCCAACUCAGAAUCUCCAGAAAACCUCCCAAUACCUCAAAUUAACACUGCCCUUUUAACUUUCUUGAAUAAAUUUCCAAUCUUGACCCAAAUUUUUUACCAAAUUGAUGCACUUGAUCUUGCCCCUCGUUUGCUUGGCAAGUUCCUUAGGAGGGAUGAUGUUGUUCUUCAGAUAACUGAGGUGGAAGCUUAUAGGCCAAAUGAUUCAGCUUGUCAUGGUCGAUUUGGGAAAACUGCUAGGACUGCCCCUGUUUUUGGUCCUGGUGGUCAUGCAUAUGUCUACCUCUGCUACGGUCUCCACAUGAUGCUCAAUGUUGUAGCAGACAAGGACGGAGUUGGAGCAGCUGUUUUGAUUCGUUCCUGCGCUCCCAUCAGUGGUUUGGGUACUAUUCAGCAGUGUCGGGGUUUAAAAACUGAGAAGCCUGUACUUCUUGCAGGUCCUGGAAAGGUUGGUCAAGCAUUAGGACUAUCAACUGAGUGGUCUAGCCAUGCUCUAUACACUCCCGGCGGUUUAGAACUCUUAGAUGGGCCAGAACCAGAACAUAUACUUGUUGGUCCAAGAAUUGGUAUUGAGUAUGCUUUGCCAGAGCAUGUUAAUGCAUUAUGGAGAUUUGCAAUCGCUGGUUCUUCAUGGAUCAGCGCCCCUAAAAAGACUCUCAGACCUCUUUAGCACAUCAACAGGCGCCAUGCAUCCGCUUCCCCCCACCAGGCCAAGGUGGGAGAGGGGAGCAGAAAGUGAGAAAAUAAUCAAACUGUUGUUGAUAAGUGUACGGGAUGUAUAGUCCAUUCUCCCAGUUUACUCCCUUUUUGUGUAUAUUUUGGUUGAUUUAGCAUACAUCUGAGUCAUGUUCUUGGUUAUGUGGCAUGCAAAUAUGAAAUAUGCCACAUUGUGUUGGAUUAAUCUUUCCUAAUUAGCACAAAGAAAUAGAUAAGUCGAAUUCAUAAUGA